CUCCAACCAUGUUAUAUUGGUUCAUUUCGCCUUUGAAUCAUAUCGCAACAUGGCUGUGGGCAAAAAUAAGAGAUUGACCAAGGGCAAGAAGGGCGGCAAGAAGAAGGCCGUCGAUCCUUUCACCCGCAAGGACUGGUACGACAUUCGUGUCCCCGGUAUCUUCCAAACCCGCACCAUCGGCAAGACCUUGGUCAACCGCACCGCCGGUACCAAGAUCGCGUCCGAAGGGUUGAAGGGCCGCGUGAUUGAAGUCUGCCUUGCGGACCUCAACAAGGACGAAGACCAAUCGUUCCGCAAGGUGCGCCUUUCCGUCGAGGACGUGCAAGGCACGCAAGUGAUCACGAACUUCCACGGCAUGGACUUCACCCGCGACAAAAUCUGCUCGUUGAUCAAGAAGUGGCAGACGCUGAUCGAAGCCUUCGUGGACGUCAAGACCACGGACGGGUACACGGUCCGCCUCUUCAGCAUCGCGUUCACCAAGAAGCGCCCGAACCAGCAAAAGAAGACGUGCUACGCCCAAACCGCGCAGAUCCGUCAAAUUCGCAAGAAAAUGACGACCAUCAUGACGGAGCAAGCGUCCAAGUCGGAAUUGAAGGACUUGUACCUCAAGUUCCAACCCGAAAUCAUCGGCAAGGAAAUCGAAAAGGCGUGCCAAGGCAUCUUCCCCCUCCAAAACGUGUUUGUGCGCAAGAUGAAGGUGUUGAAGAAGCCCAAGUUUGACGUGACCAAGUUGAUGGAACUGCACGAAGAAGGUGCCCAAGAAAAGGGCGCCAAGGUCGUCCGCGACGAAGACCAACUCGUCCAGUCGUUGGCCGGCACGGGCGGCCGCUUGUAAAUGGUUCAACAGUUUUUGCUUGCUGGAAGGCACCGGCCAGAGGACCUGACGUCGCGAGACGAUAGGGACACCAGCCAGUGCUUUUGUUCUUCUUAAAGGCGACAUAAUAAUGGAGGGAAACAGCAGCCCAGGCGAUAUUACAUUGGA